CCUGCCAUAAUCAACUAACCCUCUCUUCCUUUUAGAAUCUGCAAUUCUUGGAAUCCUAUCUUGUACGUCUGAAUCUAAAUCAGAUAAUAAAAAUGGCCUCAACAACGGUGGUGUCAAACCCAGCACCAACAAGCACGGACCGGUCACGUGACUCAAAGAGGAAGAAGAAGAAGAAACUGCAGAAAGAAUAUCUUCAGAGUCACUUCAAAUGGAAAUCGCAAGCGCAGCAACAAAUUUAUUCCUCCAAGCUCCACCAGGCCUUAGCGAGAGUCAACCUCGCCUCCACCUCCGUCCCCCGCCGCGGAAAGGCCGUCCGAGAAGCCGCGGACAGAGUCCUCGCCACCACAGCUAAAGGCAAAACACGGUGGAGCCGCGCCAUACUCGCCAACCGCAGGCUCAAGCUCAAGUUCUCCAAACAGCACAAGAGACAGAGAGUGGCGCAGCCUGCGCUCACCCGAUCCAAGAAGCCACGUGUCAGCGUUUUACGCCUCAAAGGGAAGAAGAACUUACCGGCUGUGCAGAGGAAACUCAGGUUCUUGGCGCGACUCGUUCCCGGUUGCCGGAAAGAACCUGUGCCGGUCAUUCUCGAAGAGGCCAUCGAUUACAUACCGGCGCUUGAGAUGCAAGUCAGAGCCAUGGCUGCUCUUCUCAACCUUCUCUCUGGCUCCGGCUCCGGCGCCGCCGCCUCAGACUCCUCUUCCGGCGCCGGCACAAGCUCGGCGCCGCCAAGCUGAUGAUGACACCUUUGGGCGUGUGUGUGUGUGAAUGACUGAAUGCCAUGCCAGGUGUCAAUUUUUUCAAUUAUUAUUAUUAUUGCUCACCUUUUUUUUUCUUUUAUAUUAUAUUUAUAACCAUCUGUCUCUUCUUGCAAGCAAAGCAUGCUCUCUGUUAUGUACGUACAUAUAUAAUUCUGUUUUCCCCCUUUUUCUUUUUUCCUCUCUCUAAUUUAAUUAUUCUGUUUCAACUUUCAAGUAAGCUCAAUAUCAUAAGCAUUCAAGUUA